GAAGCGGUUCAUUCAAAUGAUGCUGUCAUGAAACAGACAACAUGCCCAGAAUAAGCCAAAGUUCCUCCAGAAAGAGAAAACAACCAUCGCCUGCACGACGAACUCCGGGGGACGAUGAUGGGAGUGGGAAAAAGGGAGGCCACUCCAAGAAGGGCGACAGGAGCCCAGGAGGACAGAGCCCCCGCAAGCGGCGAUACAGGCCAGGCACCAAGGCGUUGAUGGAGAUAAGGAAGUUCCAGAAGUCAACAGAUCUACUCAUCAGGAAGUUACCCUUCUCUCGGGUGGUGCGAGAGAUUGCCAGCAAUAUGUUCAGAGAGCCCCUGAACUGGCAGGCCACUGCUAUUAUGGCUCUACAAGAGGCCGCUGAAGCAUAUCUAGUGUACCUGUUCGAGGAUUCUCUCAUGUGUUCCAUCCAUGCCAAGCGGGUGACCAUCAUGCCCAAGGACAUGUGGCUAGCUCGGCGGCUUCGGGGAGAGGAUCGAUUUUCAGCAUAGUGAAGAUAGUGCCAAAGAUGUUUAUCACAUGGAGUGACUGUUCACACACAGAGACUUUGAUAAAACCGUCUUAAGCGUUUUCUUCCUGUGAAAGAUUGUUCGAGUGCCAUGAAGUACACAGUGGAGGAAUCAAAUCACUAAUAUCUGAUUUAGUUGUCGUCAUGAAUCUCCUGUAUGUGUCUUGUACCUGUUUUGCAGUAAGAUCUUAUUGGUAUGAUUGUCGUAUCUUCCUUCGACAACUAUUAGCUGGGCUUGAACUAGUCGCUAAGGUCACAGCCCGCGUUUGUCGUUAGGGUACUGAAAACUGGGUGUCCGCAAUGGGUGGCAUUGAUGAUUUCAUGUCAUCAUGCCCUGAAAGUAUGGAUAGUUGCUGGUUCCAUCAACCAAUUGUUUAUUUACAGGUUGCCAUGAAAUAGCUGGAAUUUUGCUGACUGGCAUGAAGUAUAUCUACUCACUAAUUUGGCAGGACCCGGUUUUUGGGCAAAAGAAUAAUACUGAACAAAUCACCAUUUAAUAUUUUCUAUGUACUGGACAUAAACUACACAGUACUGGCUUUCUUGUCCACCCCUCUGACUGGUAGCUGCAUCCGUGAAAUCCGGGGUAGAAUAGGUCUUCAGCAACCCAUGCUUGUUAUAAGAGGUGACUAACGGGAUCGGCUCAUCAGGCUCGCUGGCUUGAUUGAUGCAUGUCAUCGGUCCCAAUUGCGUGGUCCGAUGCUCAUGAUGUCCAUCUCUGGAUAGCCAGGUCCAGACUCGAUUAUUUACAGACCGCGGCCAUAUGGCUGGAAUAUUGCUGAGUGCGGCGUUAAACAACCAACAAACUAUUUGGUGAAGAACCCCACGGUUUUACAUCCGCCCCUUUGGUGAAAAAGAACUCUGCAUGACCUGUGAAAGUAUAAAGAGACAAAAUUAUUUCUUUCCACUUUCUGAAAGGUUUGGGUAUGUUUACCCAUGAUCCAAGUACUUACAGAAAUUUGGCCAAAGACUUUGUUAGUACAAAGUUCACACAGGCUUUAGGCCUUGAAUUGAGAUUCUGCCUUGAAAAUGGGUGAUGUGUAUUGAAAAAGGCCUUGAAUUUCCUCACCAUGCUCACCAAUCAGAAUCUGGAAAAUUAUAAAGAAAUAAAUACUUUCAUGCAUUGAAAAAAAUGUGAAUGUGUUGAGAACUCUGAAUUUUGUAUCUGUAUACAAUCUAGUUAGUAAAUUAUUAGCCAUAGAGCUGUAAAUGACCGAGUGGUAUUUGUAAGGUUGUAUGCAUUGCCAUGUGUUUUGGUUAGAGAGCCUUGAAAAGGCCGCUGAAUUUUGUGAAAUUCUGUACAAACAGUACUCCCAACAUACAGAAGUCGUUUUAGCAUUUGUCGAUAAAGCAAUAGAUUACAAAAGCUGUACAAAUUGACUUAGUCUGCUUUUUUCAACCUUGCAAAUAUUUUCUACACUAGAAUAGGUUUCUCAGGACCGUCUUAUUUUUCUAUCUGGUAGCUUUGACCCCCCCUCCCCUUCCCGGGCAAGGCUUGGAAAAACAGAGUGAUCUCCCCUGAUGUCUGAAACAGGAUUUUUCCACGCAUAAAUGCCACACCAAUGCUGAUACACUAACUAUUGUCAUUAACUGAAGACUGAUUGUGGUACAAUGCUACGGUUGUCUCUGGGUUUAUUCUGAAAGGGUGCUUUCUUGGUUGGAGGCCAAGUGUAUAGUGGGAAAUGUAUUGGUGUUAUAUAUUUUUUGUCAGGUUAAAAAACAGUUUCAAAUUUCAACUUUCCUUCAACAUGAAGAAUUGAUAAUACCAAACACUCUGAAAUGCACUCAACUCCAGAUAUAAACUCCAAGGAGUCAGUUUAUUAUAGCCAGUGUUUGUUAUUCACAUAAACAACAGGAGUAGGGGGUAGCUCAGUGGUUGAAGUGUUUCCUAUCAUGGGUGCAGUGUGUGAAGCCCUUUUCUGAUGUCCCCGCUGUGAUAUUGCUGUAAUGUUGCUAAGUUACUUGCUUACUCACAUAAACAAUAACAUUGUCCCUCUUGAGGUUCACAAGUGGGUUUGCUGUGGCUGACUUCGCUAUGAUGUCAGUCUCAUUAAAGUCCUAUCUUUACUCCAAUACGAUAGCUCUGCACGAAGACCUGAGGACCCUCUCUUCAGGUGAACUUUCUAAUCAGCCACUCAGCUUGUGGCUUGUAAACUCUCGCUCCGAGUGAGCAAAGCAUUCAGACAAGCAUAUCUUUUUUCUCUAUCUCGAAAACAAAUACAACCUGGGAUGUCCAACUGCAAAGUGCAAAUGCCAUAUUGUUCAAAUAAUUGUCAAUUAGGCAGGCAAAGGUUGCUCAGGGUUUGCAGAGAGGUAUCGUAUUGGAGUAUUGGUACGCCAGAAACCUAUGAUUAUGGGUUGGAAUCCCGGUUUGCCCUGAUUAGGUUUCUAGGUUUGUCAGCACCAUACCCGUGCUCGUAGGUUUCACUGAGGUCUGAGACGUGCAUCACUUUGGGCUUUUCUCCCACAUUAAGCUGACCCGCCGCAAUAUAACUGUAAUACUGUAAAACGCAGCGUUAAACCCAACUCACUCACUCACUUAAUGUCUUCAACAUAUGUGCAAUCUUAAGCAAUAUGUAUUGCGAUACGUUUGUAAAUAUAGCAAUAUAUUGGGGCAAAUAUAAAUAAGUAUAAUAUUUAUGUGUACCUAAUCGAUAUGGAGAUAGAAAAUAGUAUCUUUCUGAUACAACUUGCCUCUGACGAUCUUUCUAUUAAUUAACGUGUACACAUCGCAACUAUCAAGCUCCUCACAGCAACAGCCCGUUCAUGGAGCUCUCUAUACCGAGAGUAUAACGAAGGUGUCACACGCUGGGAAGGAGCUUGAUGGUAUCUGACAUUUAUACAGGGUAUAACUCUGAUUAACUCAUGAAAAUGUAAAUUGGCAAUAUGUUGCAAUACGUAUCGCAAUACA